AUGACUGUAGAACAAAAUUCAUUUUCAAUUGGAAUCGAUUUAGGAAUUAUGUAUUCUUCUAUUGCAUAUUUUGAUAUUAAUAAAGGUGAAUCUGUCAUAGUUCAAGAUGAACUAGGAAAAGAACAAGUAGCUUCAUGGGUUAGUCUUUCACAAUUAGAUAAAAGUGGUUAUACAAUUAUAGGAGAUGGUGCUAAAAAUGAUAUUAAUAGUAAAUGUGUUAUUUAUGAUUCUAAGAGAAUUAUAGGAAGAGAUGAAUGUGAUGUGAAUUAUGAACACCGUGAUAAUUAUCCAUUUGAAGUAAAAUGUAGAGAUAAUGGAAGUGCAUAUAUCGAAUGUUAUAAUCCAAAAACACAAGGUAUUGAAGAAUUUGAACCAGAAGAAAUAAGUGGAAUGAUAUUAAAAUAUAUGUAUGAUAUUGCACAAGCAUCUCUAAAAAAUAGUCAAAUAACAAAUGUUAUUGUUACUGUUCCAGUUGAUUUUAAUGAUAGACAAAGAGAUGCAACACUGUUAGCAUGUAAAUUAGCAGAAAUUAAGAAUGUUGAACUUGUUAAUGAACCAACAGCAGCUAUUGUUGAAUAUAAAAGAGAAUAUCCAAAUUCAUUAAAAGAUGGAGAUAGAGUUGUAGUAAUUGAUUUUGGAGGAACAUUAGAUGUAGCAUGUUGUAGAAUAAUAAAUGAUAAUAAUAUUCGAGUAGAAUCAAGUGGAGGUGAUCAAGAUUUAGGAGGAAAUGAUUUUGAUAACGUGAUGAUUGACAUUAUUAAAAAAAGAGUAGAAGACGGCGUUGAAGGAUAUUAUGAAAAGAAACGAGGAAUGACUCAAAAAGAAAAGAUAACUCUUAAUAAGAAAUUAGUUAUAUUAAAGAAAGAAGCAGAAAGAAUUAAAAUUGAAUUAAGUGGGAAACAAGAUGCUGAAUUAUAUUUAGAAAUAUUCUUUGGUGGUGAAGAUUAUGAUGGCUAUGGCAUUGAUCCUAACAUUACAAGACAAGAAUUUGAAGAAGAAUGUGAAAAAAGAGGAUUAUAUGAAAGAUUUAUUAAUAAAAUAAAACAAGUCACUCAAAGAAAAAGAUAUAAAAAAGGAAAUGUUCAAUUAGUAUUAUUCGUUGGUGGUACAUCUAAAAUGCCAAGAAUUAAACAAGAAGUUGGGAAGUUAUUUGAUAUAAAAACAUUUGCUGAUUAUAAUUUUAAUCCACUUACUGCUGUUGCAAAAGGAGCUGCAUAUUUAGCAUAUUUAAAAAAAGAAAAUGCUGCUAGUACUACAAUUGUAUAUGAUAUUGUUCCAACACCAAUUGGAAUAGAAGUAGAAGGAGGAAUGUUUCAAAAACUUAUUAAAGAUGGAGAAGUACUUCCUACAAAUGGAAUAACAAAAAGAAUUUGUACAAUACAAGACAAUCAAAAAUCAAUUGAAUUAAAUACUUAUAAAGGAUUUGGAAAAUAUGUUAAUUCUCCUGAAAUGGAAUAUAUUGCCACACUUCAUAUUGAUGGAAUUCCAAGUGGAAAAGCUGGAGAACAAAUAAUUGAAUUUACAAUUCAAAUUAAUCAAAAUGGAAUGAUGAAAUUAAGUGGUUCUGUUGUUGGGAGUGAUGUUAAACGUGAAUUAAGUGUAGAUGUUGAUUUAUCUAAAAUAGAAGAAGGUGAAAUUCUAAAAUUAAUAAAACAUUUCCAAAAUUUUAUUAAAUGA